CUUCGAGGAGAAAGGGACACCGUUAGAACUCGGUCAGUUACUCUCAGUCUCUCCCCGCCGUAAGAUAUGGAUCAGUCAGGGGGAGAGCAGGCAGGAUGGAAAUUUUGGAAGCAGAGGAGGUACGUCGUAACCCUCUUGGCUUUCCUGGGCUUCUUCAAUGUCUAUUCCCUCAGAGUGAACCUCAGCGUCGCCAUUGUAGAUAUGACGUCUGUGCGGAAGAUAGUAACAGAAAAUGGAACACAAUAUUUGGAACCAGACUUUGAUUGGGACUCCAAAACUCAAGGGCUGAUACUCAGUUCUUUUUUUUAUGGCUACAUAUGCACCCAACUACUUGGGGGUUGGUUUAGCACAAAAUAUGGAGGUGCGACUGUAUAUGGACUUGGUGUUACAACAACAGCAUUCCUAACCCUAAUCACUCCUCUAGUUGUCAGUACAUCAUCAUAUUAUCCUCUAGUAAUCCUAAGGAUAAUAGAAGGAUUGUUUGAGGGCGUCACUUAUCCUUGUAUACAUACUGUAUGGUCAAAAUGGGCACCACCCGCAGAGAGAGCAUCAAUGGCUUCUUUUGCGUUUUCUGGCAGCUAUGUGGGAACAGUUAUCGCUAUGCCAUUGUCUGGUGUAUUAGCUGAAAAUUUUGGUUGGCCAUCAAUAUUUUAUGUUACAGGUAUUGUUGGUCUCAUUUGGUCUUGUGCUUGGUAUUAUUUUGUAAAGAACACACCGGAAGAUGACAUAAAUGUUACCCCGGAAGAACAUAAGUACCUCAAAGAAGCUCUAGGUGAUGUCAACACAAAAGAGAUUGUUCAUCCUUGGAAAGAAUUUUUAAAGUCAAUGCCACUUUGGGCAAUAGUUAUGGCUCACUUUUGUGAAAACUGGGGAUUUUACACUCUAUUGACUCAGCUUCCUACUUUCAUGAAAGAUACAUUGAACUUUGAAUUGACAAAGGCUGGCAUAUUGGCUUCUCUCCCUUAUCUCGUAAUGGCAAUUAUUAUGCAGUUUGCUGGUAGAUUAUCUGAUUGGCUUUGUAACAAAAAAAUUCUUUCUGUGACAAAUGUUAGGAAAACAUUUAACUGUACAGCAUUUCUAUCCCAAACUGUAUUUAUGAUACUUGCUGCACAUCUAAUGACUGCUUCAGGUGUGAUAAUUUGUUUAGUCUUAGCAGUUGGUCUAGGAGCAUUUUCAUGGCCUGCUUUUGGUGUUAAUCAUCUAGAUAUUGCACCUCAGCAUGCAGGUGUUCUAAUGGGAUUUUCAAAUACUUUCGGGACCUUACCUGGAAUUUUUAGUCCACUCAUCAGUGGUUUUAUAGUUACCAAUAGAACAGCGGAAGAAUGGGCAAUUGUUUUUUACAUAGCUGCAACUCUCUACUUAAUAGGAGCUAUAUUCUAUGGUGUCUUUGCAUCAGCAGAAAGACAGCACUGGGCAUUAGACAAGGAAGAAACCAAUAUGAAAAAAGAAACCAAUAUGAAGAAAGAAACCAAUUCCUAUGUAAACGGAGCACUCAUUCUUGAUGAAACACAAACUGUUUAGAACAUAUUUUGUACCAACUGAAAAUUAAAAAUGUGCUGCAUUAUUUAUGUAAUAUAUUUAAAGAGUUUCUUUAGUUCAUAUAAUUGGCACAUUAUAAAUUAUACUGUGUAUAGUAUUAGCUUUUAGCAUUACCUAAGAUACAAAAUGUAAUUAAAAAAGUAUGCAGUAUUUGUUUUCAAGGUAAAGCUAAAAAAAAUAUUUAAAAAAAUAAGUAUGCUUUAAAAAAGAUUACCUUUUAGCUGUGAUUCAAUACCACAUUUUGAAAAUAUUUAAGUUCAUCAUUUUAAUGUAAAUAUGUGUUCAUGUAAUGUAGAAAGAAACAUUUCUGGCUGUGAAUAAAUGUUACUUGAUGAGGGAUA